GCCCGCCAUGCCAUAUCGGCCGAAUCCUUGCAGCCGUAUAGCCGCAAUACCAAGAUGUCCGUCCUUCCUUCAAGUACAAUGUUCAUUGCUCUUUGCACUUUUACAUGAUCACUUCUGGAUUACUUACCAGCAUAACAUUCAUCCUCGUUCGGCGGCCUAUGCUCCAAACGCUAAUUGUACGAGAGCACGCAAAAGUACAAACAUGCGCAUUGCCCUCAUCCACGGUCCUCUUUUUAUUACCUCUCCCUUUCCUCUCAUCACCUUGAUUGAUUCGCAAAACUCCAGAUCCCUCUUUCCCACGAACUGAAAGAGAGCGAACAUGUCUCUCUACACAGCCCCCCUUACUACGACCAAAGGGGAGGAGGCCAAGACCACACCCAAAAGACUCCUCCAGACUUUCCAAGAAGUACAGGCUUGGCAACGCGACAACGAGUACCUCAGAAACCAUUACCGGUCUACCACGGGUUCCUAUCGAGAAUGUCUGAAAAGCCUAUCAUACCUACACAACCAGACCGGCAACAUCUAUACGCAUCUCAUCGGCGCAGUAGUAAUACUCUCCUAUGGUAUCUACGCUUACAACAGCGUUAGUGCGCGAUACGUUACCGCUGAUAUCAACGAUCUCCUCGCGUUCGGUGUCUUCAUAGGAAGUGCGGUUGCUUGCUUCGGGAUCAGCGCUACUUUUCACAUGUUUGGGAAUCACUCUAGCGCCGUUUACCAUACCUGGCUCCAACUCGAUCUUUACGGCAUAUUCAUCCUGAUUGUUGGAACUGUGUACUCUGGGACAUACUAUGGAUUUUACUGCGAGAGACAGUAUUGGAUGUUGUAUUCCGUCGGGAUUACCACCAUUGUCACGGGUGCCGCUACACUUUGUUCGAUACCACGAUUUCGUACGCCAAAGUGGCGCUGGGCGAGAGCGACAUUGUUCUGUGCUAUCGGUUGGUCAGGCGCGGUUCCUAUGACGCAUGCUGCGCAGUCAUUUGGUAUUGAACAGGCUGAUAAGCAGAUGGGAUGGUGGUUGAUGAUCUGCGAAGGAUUGUGCUAUAUCACUGGUGCUUUCAUCUAUGCAAUUCGCUUCCCUGAGAGAUUUCGUCCCGGCCUCUUUGACAUCUGGGGUUGCUCACAUCAAAUCUUCCAUCUUUGCGCUGUCGGGGGCGCGGCUUGGCAUCUAGUGGCUCUUCUUAAGGCUUUCGACUACAACCAUGAUCCGGCAACGAGGAGAUGCUGAAGGUGAUGCGCCUUGAAGCGGUGGCAGAAUACCAGCUUUGGAGUAUGCUUAAAGGAUUGACUGCGUAUACUCCAGGACUUGAAGUCGCAAAUCGCAAAUCUCAAGUACCCGUGCUGUGGCGUCAGAGUUGCACCUAUUACAACUCCAUUCUU